UCAAAAUCAAAGCCCAUAUACACCUGAUCAAAGUCAACCUACUGACCUAAGUGCCGGGUGGGGUGGCUAGUACUUCAAUGAUACCCUGUACUCGGUUUGUGGCAGUCUUUUUCUGCCAUAGGGUACUGGUACCGUGCAACAUCAAAACGAUUUGCAGAAGUUUCAUCUACGGAGUUUUUGGACAACGAGUCGACAUUUACAGACAUUGCGGAUCACGACACCAACAUUUCAAUCGAAAAAUGGAAGUUGAUCAGCCAUCAUCUAGUAGUUCCAUUCCUGCCAAGAAACGUUUUGAGGUGAAAAAAUGGAAUGCCGUUGCCCUUUGGGCUUGGGAUAUUGUGGUCGACAACUGUGCUAUCUGUAGGAAUCAUAUUAUGGAUUUAUGUAUUGAAUGUCAAGCUAACCAGACAUCAGCGACUUCGGAUGAGUGUACAGUUGCCUGGGGUGUCUGCAAUCAUGCUUUUCAUUUCCAUUGUAUUUCUCGUUGGCUGAAAACUAGACAGGUUUGUCCGCUUGAUAAUCGGGAAUGGGAAUUUCAAAAGUAUGGGAGAUAAACUGAUUUGAUAUUUGCUGUUCCUUCCUAUUCAUACCUUUGUUCAGUGAGCGUUUUAUGCCUUUUUAAUGCUAUAUUGUUAUGGAUGUCAUUCCAUGUACAAUAUCAUUAUUCCACUAAACUUAGAAGAAAGAGGGUUUGUGAAACAUUACAGAACUCUCCAUUGUACACAUUUUAUAAACUUAAAAUAUUAUAACUUGUGAUCUCGUGUUAAUUUCUUUUCUCUGUACUCAAUUCUUUUUGGUGUGUGGGCCAUAUGGGAUCCGGCAUUUAAUGCUUAUUAGCAGUGAAGCUAUGCUCUAUUUUUACCACUCUGUGUAGAAUAAAAAAAAUUUGUCCGUUA